AUGACCGUGGGCUGCCCGGGAGGCGACAACCAGGCGCAGGCCAAUCUCCAGCUGAUGCUGAACGUCAUCCUGUUCGGGAUGAACCCGCAGCAGGCCGUCGAGGCGCCGCGUUUCUCCACCAUGAGCAACGUCAACUCCUUCUACCCCCACGUCUAUCACCCCGGCCGCUCGGACCUGGAGGAGGCUAUUCCCGAGACGACCGCCGAGGACCUGCGGGCGCUGGGACAUCAGAUCGCACGCACCGUCGACUGCGGCAUGGGCGCCACCGUGUCCGUCCGGGACCAGGAGACAGGGCACCUGAGCACCGGCGCCGACCCCCGCCGCGCUUGCUACGCCAUCGCUCUUUAA